CCGAGAACAAUCAUGUCUCCUUACCAUGAGCCAGAUCGUUCACCCAAGCGGAGAANNAAAAUCCGCAAGGGCACCCAGAGCUGUUGGGAGUGUAAGCGACGCAAGGUCCGAUGCAUUUCGACCGAGGAUAUCUGUCAAAACUGCAGACGUCGCGGCACUGCUUGUAUAAGCCAGGAUCUACCAGACGUGUUCACCAUCACGACUCCAAGUUCGUCUGAAGCUGGUGCAUUGCCUGAGGUUGAUUUUCACAGUCCGUCCAAAUACAUCACGCCGGGCUCGAAAUCUCAUAGCCAGAGCGAUUUGGACCACGCCCUCAGAUCGACGUGGCCAACCGAACAUGAGAUCGAUCAAUGCAUAAACUUACCGGAUGAAUCAUCAGCAUUGUUCCACAGCGAAGCUUGCAGACUCUAUGAUAGCCCCGCUAGUCAGAGUCAACCUCCGAUAAGAGAGGUCUUACAGCUACCACCACCUGGCUCACACCCUGUGCUGAUCACACGGAAGUUGUUACUACUCGGGAUUUACUUACAAGGCAUUGUUCUUCCCGAUGAUCAAGCGCCUCAGAAACCCAAAUCGUGGUACCACAGCAUCAUGCUCGGUGCUAUGGAGGCUGCCAUCAAGGUCACCAAGAACGAAGACUUGGUCAGUUCUGUUGAAGGUCUCGAGUGCCUCAUGCUGGAAGCUUCGUAUCAGAAUCAUGCAGGAAACCUUCACCAAGCUUGGAUGGCAGUACGAAGAGCGACGACCGUUGCGCAAGUACUAGGAUUGCAUCGUGGCACCAAACCACCAUACAGCCACGUUAUCGUGUCUGACCGUAUUCUGAAGCGGUCGACCUUUCCCAGUCUGUCAGAUACUCGAGAAAUAGACUUGGUCAUGGAGACAGCAGCAGCUGGUGUAUCACCGCAGUGGUGGUUGAUGCCUGACUUUACGGCAAGCAACAGGAAUGCCAACGAUACUGCUCAGUGUACGAGUCGUCUGAACGACCAGUUCGCUCAUUUCCAUCUGUUAGUCAGACUGCAUCUGCCAUAUCUGAUGCGACACAGAUCGGAAGGGAUGUACGACUACAGCAAGAUGACGGCGGUGAAUGCUAGCCGAGAGACACUGUCACGUUAUGUUGCAUUUCGCAUCAACAAUGCAGGGCAAUUCUAUUGCCGUGGCAUUGAUUUCCUCUGCUUCAUCGCGGCGACAGUGCUCAGCCUUGGUCACAUCGAAUGCUCAAGAUUGAGACAGACGUCAAAUGUUCACAACGCGUUCGGCCACCUCGUUCAUUCGCGCCCAUGCGAUCGUGGGUUGUUGGAGCGAAUCCUUGAUGUCGUUCGAGGCACCUCUCAAGGUAGCGAUGACGGCAUCAUAUCGCAAAUAGUUUUCGUGCUUGAGCAGCUGCUGAGGAUCGAGGCCACGGCAGCGAGCGGAGUGAGGUACGGCAUCCAAGCAAGCUCCAGUGUUGAUGAACACGUAGCAUACCACAGUGAAACUACAGAUGAUGGUGGAUUGCGCCUGCAUAUUCCGGCAUUUGGCUGCAUCAAUUUUGGUGUAGAAGGGUGUGCGCCAACUGUCUCUCAGCAGCCUGAUCUGCCCGAUAGUUGUACGUAUGGAGGUGGCAGCGGAGAGUUUUCUUCUGUGAGUGCCACGGAAGGCGAGUGGGAUAUGCAAGGCAUCGAUCUGGCGCUAUUUGAGGGUUUGUUUGGCGAUUCAGGCGUACCAGAUGUGGCCUAUCGAAGUUGGACAUAA